GUGAAGAGCGAAGCCUGGUGUAAGGGAAUCCAGCCCAAAUGGCAAGGCACCUGGAACUUACAUAACCCUUGGAGAUUCAUGAAACGGACUUCCUCCUCUUCACCUCGUCUCUGUCUGGAUCUUAUGGAAAUGACACUGAAAGCAACUACUGCGCGGCCAGCCAGUUUCUUGAUGCUGGGUAAAAAAAAACAGGGAAAACCAUCAGUGGCAAUGGAUCUGGGAGUCAUCUCUGACGUGGGCUACGUGCCUGAGAACAAUGAUGUGAUGAACCGGUUGCUCCACAGGGGGUCAUGGCACUUCGGUGAAGAUGAGAUGCUUCAAAUGAUUGAUCUCUGCCUGGUCAAUGAUUUGCACUGGCAUCCACAGAAAUCGGAGCUCCUGACAGGGAUGAAAACCACGCGGCUCCGGCAAUUGUACAUACGGGCAAGGGUUCGAAGUGGAGUUUGA